UAUAAAUAACCUCUGCUCGACUUUUUGCUCAGUCGCAUUAUCCCAUCGGAUCUGAAACCACACAAAAAUGAGCUAUAACGAGCAGGGGAGGAUCUGGUACGGUCCGCCGCCCAGUCAUGUGUCCGCUUACAAGGACGACACAUCAUUGGGGGAAAUCAUAUUCAACAACAUGCGGAAUUGGCCCAAGAAAGUCUGCCAAAUAUCCGAUAGCGACGGCGUCAGAGUCACUGCUGACCAAGCUCUUACGUGGGCAAUCCGGUUGGCACAGUUCCUCAGGAAACGGGGUCUAACUCAUAAGGAUGUUAUUGGCAUUGUUGGCGAGAACACCACCUACUUGAUGCCUCUUGCUGUGGCCUGUCUUAUGAAUGGAACACCUUUUCAUACUCCGCAUCCCAUGCUAGAUGAAGAUACCCUUAGGCAUGUGCUAUCCAUAACCAAGCCUGGUCUCAUAUUUUGCGAUGGAAAUAUAUACCACAAGGUACAUUCUGCAACCUCUGGAUGGCAGCCAGAGUUCUUCACCUUGAGCGAUCACCCCGAAGGAGUGCCGAGCAUCGAGACGCUUUUGGAACCCACUUCCACUGAGGAUUCUUACCACCCGGAACCGCUGAGGGAGGGUGGAGAUCAGACGGUGGCCGUUCUGUGCUCCUCGGGAACCACUGGCCUACCCAAGGCGGUCUGUAUUUCGAACAAGAGCCUUCUCCCGAUGUCCUUGUUUACCAGCGACACGAUCAUGUUCACUCUGACCGCUCUGGACUGGUAUUCCGGACUGGUGGCUUUCAUCUUGAGUACUUUGGUGGGUGGCACCCGCAUCAUUACCAACAAACCAUUCACCCCGGAGUACGUGGCGCAUCUUGUGGCGAAACACGGGGUGAACUUUAUCUACCUAGCGCCUCGUCACAUGUCCGCGAUGUUCAAUUCACCGGAUGUCACCCCAGAAGCCUUUGCCUCCCUGCGAACGGUCACCUAUGGCGGUGGCAAACUCUCCAAGAGCACAGUGCAACGGUGUCAAGAUCUGUGCCGUAAUGCGAUUCUUCUCUCCAUGUACGGAAUGACUGAGACGGGGACCUUGACGUGUUCCGUGGGCCUGGAACCAGGUAGUUCCGUGGGCAAACUUUUACCGGCAGUAACAGCGCGCAUCGUGGACGAACAGGGUAGGAGCCUUCAACACAACCAAGUGGGUGAGAUUCAGGUGCAAACAGGACGAGUGUGGAGAGGGUACUUCGGGAAUCCCGAGGCGACAGAGAGCAUGCGGGAUUCGAAAGGCUGGUUCCACACCGGCGACAUGGGAUACUUUGACGAGCAGAACCAGCUCUAUGUGGUGGAUCGCUGCAAAGAGAUCCUCAAGCACCAAGCCGUCCACUUCUGGCCCGGUGAGAUCGAGAGCGUAAUCCUGGAGCUGAACAAGGUGCAGGAGGUUUGUGUGGUUGGCAUUCCUAAUGAGCUAACGGACUACGAUGCUGGUGCUCUGGUUGUUCGAAAGAAGGGUGCAGCCAUAGAUGCCCAGGAGAUCGUGGAGCAUGUGGCCAAGCGGUUGCCCGGAGUCCACAAGCAGCUCCAUGCUGGAGUCCAGUUCACCAACGAACUGCCAUCGAAUCUGAAUGGAAAGACUGUGCGCAGAGCGUCGCGAGAGUUGUUUUCUGCCAUAAAAUACUCGAAAAAGACUUUAGUUUGAUAAGAACAUGUUAAGAAUUUCAGUAGAUUACCAGAACCAUACAUGACUAUGUGACAUACUUUUAGCGCUAAGAAUAAACAAAUUCAAUCAAAAACAAA